AAAAUUCUCUACUUUCCCUUAUUGGGUGGGUAACAUUUCUCUUUUGUGUCUCUUGAUUGGAGUUAUGGUCCAAGAUGAGAGUUUUUUUAUUUUUAUGAUUGAAUGCGAGGAGUUAAUGAUGCCUCUAAAAGAGUAUUGAUGAGAGAUGAUUGCAUCGGAAUUUGAGAUGUGUCUAACUAGGUGAGUUGGGCGUCUCAACUAUUUCGAUUACAAUUUUGUUAGGUUGAAAGAACGACAUGCGGAGUAUGAUAACGUAAUACAAACUAAUAAAUUUUCUAUUAAAUAUGAACUAAAUAUAUCCGUAACUCUGCUCAGGGCUCCCAUAAUGACAUAAUAUACUUGUUGAUAAAAUGAAGGUUGUGCCCAAAAUGUCUCGGGAUGCCGUUGGUGGGAGGAUUCUCGGGUGCAUCCAAUUUCAUAAUGGGGAGGUUAAAAUAAUUUUUCUUUUGAUUUUGCUUCUAAAAUAACGCAUUUUGGAUGAAAAACAGUGACUCACUGUGUGUUAUUUGUAAAAUCGACAUAAUUUCUAUCUGUAAGGACCAAAUUGCAAAAUUCACAACCUCAGAGCCCGUUUGUAGAAAAAGCAUAAUUUAGGGGCGAAAAGGUAACCCUCUGAAUUCCUAGUUCUUUUCUGCCUCUCUUUUCGUUUUUUGCAGUCUCUAGUCCUUUCUCUACCGAGUAUCGGCUGUGAAGUUGGAGUCGGGCACAAGCUAGAGGCAAAUACUCUGCAGUCUGCACCGUCGACGACCAAAGAGAUUUAAGUUCGACGAGCAGAGGCCGCCACCGCGCAAGGAGUAGCGUUGAGGGCUUGGUGAAAAGUAAGAAACUUUUUCGAUUUCAGCAGAUCUAUCAAAUUUUCCAACGCAGUCAUUCUGGCAUUGCCCGUUGCUCUUCUUACUGAAAGAGAAUAGAUUGGAGAAGGGAUGUGCCUAUUCCGAGUCCUGACUGUAGCUUGACUGUCCUGAAUUCAUAGCCUCUAUUUCUAGGGUUUAGAGGAUUGAUUUGUCUGGUAAAGAUCCGAUUUUUUUUUUCUUUCUUCCUGUAAUUGAACUUCGUUUAGGGUUCUUGUGUCUUCGUAAAGUCCGAAGCUUUUGUCUUCAAAUUUGAUUGGGUUUUUGCCGUAUUGAUGUCUCUUUGUACGCCUGAAAGGCCGCUGAUACCAUAGCUCGGUCAUCAUGUUGUUACGUCGUCAGGGAAAUUUAAGUUGAAGUUCACUGAAGGAAAACAUGGAAUUGGUUGAUUGCCGCUGCAGUAACGAUAGUCUCAUGAUACCUCCAUUGCAGCUAGUAUUGUGUGUUCAGUUAGUCCCUGGAUAUUUGUCAUAGCAGCAGAGUUUGUGCCGCUUUCUGAUUCAAUUUCAGAGUGCUUUGUGCUCUCUCUGGGGUUCUUUGCCAGACUUUGAUGCAUGCAAAUGGAUUGUUAAGAAUUCAUUGUCCUUGUCUGUUGAAUUGACUUAGUUCUGGUUGUAUUGUAUGGUUCAGUUUUGAUACUUUGUGAACUUGUGCGGUUUCGAUCAGUGGUACGGGUUUGAUCUAUGAUUCUGCUUCUGUCUCACUUACAGUCUCAGUUUUGUAGUCGACAUUUUAGCAUUUGUGUUUGUGUUCACCCCUUCAUCAGCUGAUGUGCGAGAAAGUUGGCAUGACACAUUUUGGAACUCUUAUGUUUCAGGACUUUAAUUAGGACUGCAGACAUGUCUACCUCUUACCUUCCUGCGACGAAAGACUCUAUUUCGCAGGCUAUGGAAGCUGAUGCUCCAUCUGAAUCCAUCUCCAUGCUCUACCGUGUAAUUGAAAAUCCUUCCUCAUCUCCAGAAGCUCUGCGAAUUAAAGAACAAGCCAUUACAGAUCUCACUGAUCUGCUUAGGCAAGAGAAUAGGGCUGAGGAUCUUCGCAGUCUUCUGACUCAGCUGCGACCCUUUUUUGCUGUGAUUCCCAAGGCUAAAACUGCAAAAAUUGUCAGAGGAGUAAUCGAUGCUGUUGCCAAAAUACCCGGCACGUCCGACCUGCAAAUCGCCCUGUGCAAGGAAAUGGUGCAGUGGACCCGUGCAGAGAAGAGGACAUUCCUCAGGCAGCGAGUCGAAUCAAGGCUUGCAGCACUUCUGAUGGAGAACAAGGAGUAUACAGAAGCAUUAACCCUUCUUACCGACUUGGUAAAAGAGGUAAGGAGGUUAGAUGACAAGCUACUCCUUGUGGACAUAGACUUGCUAGAGAGCAAGCUUCACUUUUCACUGAGGAACCUGCCCAAGGCAAAAGCUGCACUAACAGCUGCAAGAACUGCUGCAAAUGCAAUAUAUGUACCUCCGGCCCAGCAAGGCACUAUCGAUUUGCAGAGCGGGAUUCUUCAUGCGGAGGAGAAGGAUUACAAGACUGCCUACAGCUACUUCUUUGAGGCAUUCGAGUCUUUCAAUGCUCUUGAGGACCCCAGGGCAGUUUUCAGUCUUAAGUACAUGCUACUGUGCAAGAUCAUGGUGAGUCAGGCUGAUGAUGUCGCCGGCAUAAUUUCCUCCAAAGCUGGACUCCAGUAUGUGGGGCCAGAGCUGGAUGCUAUGAAAGCUGUUGCUGAUGCUCACUCCAAGAGAUCAUUGAUGUCGUUCGAGACGGCACUGCGUGAUUACAAGGCUCAGCUGGAGGAAGACCCCAUUGUUCAUCGGCAUCUGUCUUCUCUGUAUGACACGUUAUUGGAGCAAAACUUGUGCAGGCUGAUUGAGCCUUUCUCCAGGGUUGAGAUUGGACACAUUGCUGAGCUCAUUGAGCUGCCUACCGAUCAUGUGGAGAAGAAGCUCUCACAGAUGAUUCUGGACAAGAAGUUUGCCGGGACCUUGGAUCAAGGCGCCGGCUGUCUCGUGAUCUUUGAUGAUCCCAAGACGGAUGCUAUAUAUCCCGAUACAUUAGAAACCAUCGCCAAUAUGGGGAAGGUCGUCGACAGCCUUUUUGUGAGGUCUGCCAAGAUCAUGGCGUGAAUAGGAUGCUGUAUCCUUAUCGGGACAUUGCCAAUAGAUCUUUCUGCCUAGCAAUACCCGGAAGAAAGACAUUAAAUUUAUGUGGGGUUUGACUCCACCAUGCUCUUUCUCCCCUCCAUCGUUUAGCUGUAGAAGAAAUCAUGGUUACUCUAUGGAGAGUUACUGGUACAUUUGUUUGCUUUUUACCUUGCUUUCUUGUUCAUCUGAUGGACCUUCUCAGUGGUGGAACUUAUGGUUGGAUGAUGGCUAAGUAGUGGCAUCUCCGUUUUCUUAGCUAUGUGAUCCAUGAUACUAUCUUUCCAGGUGAUGAAUUUGUCAGUUCAUUUUAGUGCCCCCUCUGAACUCGAUUCAUCUGUCCAUCUAUGUGUGCUGACAGUGGAAGAAAUCUCAAUUUCUGAUGCCUGCUAUAGUUGACAGGAUGUUGCAGAGAUGCAAAGUACAUUCAAAGUUUCUGCCUUUUCUGAGUAGGGCUUUAUGUAUUUUUCAAUUUGGAAAGGGAAGUACUUGAUUGGUGGAACCAACGUGCAUGGAAUGGCCUGUUUUGCCUUUGUCGUAACCCACUAGCUCAGGCAGCUUAGAACGGGUGUCGGGUGAUAGAGCAAAGUAACGCAAAGCAGAUCCAUCAUCAGUUCAGUCCAACAAGUAAAGCUACGGUCUAACCCACGACUCUGCUUUGACUGCUUUUGGAACUCUAAUAAUAGAGAAUACCAAAAGCACUGUGGAGAUUGGAGAAUGCUUUCUAUCGAAUUGGAAUGGUGACGUUUCUCAUGUCUCCUCAGAUGUCCAAUUUGUGAUAAGGUGCGUGACUAUGAUGUAUUUGCGUUAGUUUCGUGCACACCACAAUUGUCCGAUCACGUAUCUAAUAACCAAGAAAGUGUAAUCACAUGCGCCAUUUCGAGCAUGUGCUUACACGUAUUCGGCUUUUAGAUCCGUCGCUAGAUGAUUCGCAGAUGAGUGUAGCUUCAGUACCAAAGAUGACAUUGGGGUUGUUUGCUGGCGCCUAUUCAGAUCAGGUGUGCUUCCGAAAGCAGAAGAUGGUGGUCAAAUGCGUUUGUGACAAAAGUUGCUGAGGACUUGCAGUAGUACAUACUGUUCCUGAAAGCGUACUUCCACCAAACAUUCCAUUGUGGACAAGAAAAACCAUUUGUCCUCCUCUGCUUUUACUGCCAUUCUAGAGGUGGUUUCCUUUAGUGAUGAUGUUAAUUUUAAUUUUGCUGUUGCUGGCCGCGUUGUCAUCUAUGCACACAACAAAAAGACAUCUUACUG